UGGGGGCAGGCUUAGCAUAAAAGGCUCAGGCAGAAGUCCAGCAGUUGGGAGACCUUCGGACGGCGGCCAUGGAGCUCAGCGUGCUCCUUCUCCUUGCUCUGCUCACAGGACUCUGGGUCCUGCUGGCCAGAGGCCGCCCAAAGGCCCAUGGGCGCCUCCCGCCUGGCCCCCGUCCUCUGCCCUUCCUGGGGAACCUUCUGCAGAUGGACAGAAAAGGCCUGCUCAAAUCCUUCCUGAGGUUCCAACAGAAAUAUGGGGACGUCUUCACGGUGUACCUGGGGCCAAGGCCAGUGGUCAUCAUAUGUGGGACAGAGGCCAUUCGGGAGGCCCUGGUGGACCAGGCCGAGGCCUUCUCUGGCCGAGCGAAGAUCGCCGUUGUUGACCCAGUUUUCCAGGGAUACGGUGUUAUCUUUGCCAACGGGGGACGUUGGAAGGCCCUUCGGCGAUUCUCUCUGGCCACCAUGAGGGACUUCGGGAUGGGAAAGCGGAGCGUGGAGGAGCGGAUUCAGGAGGAGGCUCAGUGUCUGGUGGAGGAGCUGCGGAAAUCCCAGGGAGCCCUCCAGGAUCCCGUCUUCUACUUCCACUCUAUCACCGCCAAUAUCAUCUGCUCCAUUGUCUUCGGAAAACGCUUUGACUACAGAGAUCCUGAGUUCCUGAGGCUGCUGGACUUGUUCUUCCAAUCGUUCGUGCUCAUCAGCUCCCUGUCCAGCCAGCUGUUUGAGAUCUACCCCAGCUUCCUGAAGUACUUUCCUGGCUCACACAGGCAAAUCUACAAAAACCUGCAGGAAAUCAACGUCUUCAUUGGCCACAGUGUGGAGAAGCACCGUGAGACCCUCGACCCCAAUGCCCCCCAGGAUUUCAUUGACUGCUACCUGCUCCGCAUGGAAAAAGUGGGAUUUGGAAGAGGCAAUGGGGUGGAACGGAGGAGAAUAAAAGAUGAUAAGUCCGACCCCCAAAGCCAGUUCGAUCAUCGGAACCUCAUCAUGUCUGUUCUGUCGCUCUUCUUUGCUGGCACGGAGACAACCAGCACCACGCUCCGUUACGGGUUCCUGCUCAUGCUCAAGUACCCGCACAUAGCAGAGAAAAUUCACAAGGAGAUUGACCAGGUGAUUGGCUCACAUCGCCCUCCAGCCCUGGAUGACAGAGCCCAAAUGCCAUACACGGACGCAGUCAUCCAUGAGAUUCAGAGAUUUUCGGACCUCGUCCCCAUGAGCGUGCCCCACAUGGUCACUAAAGACACUCAUUUCCGAGGGUACAUCCUCCCCAAGGGCACAGAAGUCUAUCCCAUCCUGAGCUCUGCUCUCCAUGACUCACAUUACUUUGAGAAACCAGAUGACUUCAACCCUAACCACUUUCUCGAUGCCAAUGGGGCGGUGAAGAAAAAUGACGCUUUUAUGCCCUUCUCUAUAGGGAAGCGUAUCUGUCUUGGUGAAGGCAUCGCCCGCACCGAAUUAUUCCUCUUCUUCACCACCAUCCUCCAGAACUUCUCCGUGGCCACCCCCGUGGCCCCUGAGGACAUUGACCUUACUCCCCAGGAGAGUGGGGUGGGCAAUGUGCCCCCGAACUACCAGAUCCAGUUCCUGCCCCGCCAAAGAGGCUGAGGGAAGGUGAUCAAGGAUACCAGGGUCAUGUGUGUCCCCACCUCUGCAGAGAAUGGCCCCCGAACUCUCUCCCUGUCUUCCUGCCUCUGAUCAGGCUGUGCUGUGAGCCAGCAUCCCUCCCCUCCAUGGAUGCCACCUCCUUGGGAAAGUCCCAUCCGCAUCUCACUUCCUUCUGCCCUUCUGCAGCUCUUCUAAACUCAAGGAGGUGUUUCCUUUCACCUAUUAAUAGAAUUCCACGAGUGAUGUAUACAUAUAUACAUAAAUAUGUAUAUAUAUAUAUAUAUAUUUAGCUAAAUAAAUGAAGCAAAGAAUGAAAACUUG